AUGGGAGAAUAUAUGAGAAUUGGGGGGAGCCCAAGAAAGCGCUGGCUUACUUCUGCCAGUAUCUCUGCUGUGUUUAUCUUCAUUAUUCUCUGGACCUAUGCGAACACAUGGCCCUAUUCAUCCGUCGGGAGGCUCUUCGGCGCCACACCCGCCACACCAGACAAGGACUGCUCAUCUAGCCCUGCACCCACACCGACUGGAGCCAGAUUUGAAUCUGGUUUUGACAUGACCAAGAGCUGGGCUCAACUCACUCCCUACAAAAGUGCUGACUGGGGCGUUCCUAAGGGUGUCCCCAAAGGAGAACGGAGUGAGCUUUCUCAAGUCCACAUCUUGCAUCGCCAUGCUCAGCGAUACCCAACUGGUAUGCCGAUGGAUGGCCAGGUCAUUCAGAAGUUCACUGAAAAGCUAAACGGGAGCAUUGAGGCGACUGGACCUCUGGAAUUUCUGAAUGAUUGGAAGUAUGUCGUUGGCCUGGACGAGCUGAUGAGGACGGGAGCCUCUACCGAAGCUACUUCCGGUGCCAAUUUUUGGCUUCAGUAUGGUAGACUGUUGUACCGUGCCACUCCUGAGAAUGUUGUUGCGUGGAACGCAUCCUUGAAUGUUUUCCCAAACGGCACUGCCCGUCCGAAGCCCUUCUUCCGCACUACGGAUCAAUCUCGCAUUUUGGAGAGUGCACGUUGGUGGCUCAGUGGCUUCUUUGGUGACAGAGGCGCUCAUGGUUCCUAUGACCAAUAUGAUCUUCUUGUUCUUCCCGAGCAGCUUUUGUUUAACAAUACACUGGCUUCCUACUAUUCCUGCCCAGGUGGUCCGGGUGAUCAAAGCAACGGAGAUGAAACGGCAAAGCCUUUUGUUGCCCGCUAUCUUAAGGAUGCCCGCUCUCGUCUGUCCGCUUAUCUUCCUCCUGAUUUUGAUUUAACCACUAUGGAUGUCCUUGCUAUGCAAACCAUUUGUGUUUACGAGGAGACCAGUCUGGCUGGCUCAAAGUUCUGCUCCCUUUUCACUGAACAGGAGUGGAAGGAUUUUGCCUACAGCCUGGACAUCCAGUACUACGGAAACUACGGUUUCAGUUCACCCGUGGGCCGUGCUCAGGGCAUUGGCUACGUCAUGGAACUUGCUGCUCGUCUGGAGGAGAAGCUUAUCCCCUCCAGUGAUACCAGCCUCAACUCCACUUACGAUAACAAUGUUGAAACAUUUCCUCUGGGACAACCCUUCUAUAUGGACAUGUCUCAUGACAAUAUCAUUGUAUCUGUGAUGGCCGCGUUGAAUCUUGAGUACUUCAAGUAUUCGAGCGAGACAGGAUUACCUGGGAAUGUCGAUCAUGCCCCAGACCAUACAUUCAAAGUCAGCGAUGCCACGCCUUUUGGCGCUCGCUUUAUGACAGAAAUGUGGACCUGCCCCAAUGAUGUCACUUUCGAUUCAUUGGACCCAGUCCUUUACUCCAACCCUGUUCUCGAGUCCACCAAGGACACUACCAAGUAUAUUCGCUUCCUGUUGAAUGAUUCGCCGUUACCACUGACUGGUGUGAUCGGCUGCGAAGAUUCUACGAACGGAUUCUGUGCACUAGACAAGUUCUUGUCUGGCAUACCUGAGCUUAAGAAGAGGGCUAAUUACCGGGAGGCUUGCUUUGGGUAUUAUCUGAACCAUACAGAAGCCCCCAUUGAUAUUCCUAAUAGACGUCGUCACUUUGAAUGA